GAAUAUAAAAGGGGUUGCUCUUUCACUCACUCUCAUUCAUCUUGCCAUCUAUUUGCCAGUUCAGAUACAUAUUUUUUUAUUAUUGUAUUUCAUCAAUGCUGCCAAGAUCACCUCUGGAGGCAUCUGUUACUUCCAAACAUUUAAUAACUAGGAUUCUUUCUCUAUGCCAAUACUCAUUUCAAAAUAAUUUAUCCUCUUAAAAAUUAUACUACUACUUCUUUCUUAUCCUUUUUGAUAGGCUCUUUGAGUUAGUCAAUCAAGAUUCAUCAACUAAAUGAUGCAAGAUUCAAUUCCUGCUUGUUUCUCAGCAGGGGAAAAGUUAUCAGAUGAUCAUGCUGCAGUUACUAGGUCAGGGCAAAGCAUUUUUAUGUCCGUUUAUCGGACGAAAAUUGCUGAUCAGUGCAGGUUAAUCACAGUUACUUGGUGCAAGAAUCUGUUGUUACAUGGUUUAUCAGUGUCAGUAGAUGGGUCAAGUGGAGAUGGGCAGUAUACUUGCAAGGUGGAGCUUAAGCCUUGGUACUUCUGGAGGAAACAAGGUUCAAAGCAUUUUCUUGUGGACAGUAAGCCAGUUGACAUAUUCUGGGAUCUUAAGGCUGCUAAAUUUAAUGGUGAGACAGAGCCAAGCUCAGAGUAUUAUGUAGCUGUGGUUUGUGAUGAGGAAGUUAUUCUACUUCUUGGUGAUUUGAAGAAAGAUGCUUAUAGAAAGACAGGCUGCAGGCCAGCACUGAUUGAACCAAUUCUUGUAUCAAGAAAAGAACAUGUUUUUGGCAAGAAGAAGUUUUCAACAAGAGUUAAGUUCCAUGAUAAGGGUAGAAUGCAUGAGAUCUCAAUUGAGUGCAAGAACAGGAUUAACAGUAGCGGAAUUUCUAUCGAUGGGGUUGAUCCAGAAAUGGAGAUAAGGAUAGAUGGGAAAUUGUUCAUUCAUGUGAAGCAUUUGCAGUGGAAAUUCAGAGGGAAUGAAUCGAUUCAUCUCAACAAAGUGAGGAUAGAAGUAUAUUGGGAUGUUCAUGACUGGAUUUUCAAUCCUGGUUUAAGGCAUGCUUUGUUCAUUUUCAAGCCAGUUCUGUUAUCCACAUCUCCUUCAUCAGUUUCCGAAUUAUCAUCACCGCCAUUCUCUUCAUCGACAUCAACUCCUUUAUCAUCCCAAACAGGAAGUUCUGGUUCAAUAGAGGGGUUAAAUUCAAACAACUCUUCAGAUUUUUGCCUGUUUCUUUAUGCUUGGAAAGUAGAAUGAGAAAAGUUACAUAAAGUGAAUAUUGGUUUAUUGUAUCUAUCAUCAUUAAAAGAAGCUAAAGAAAACAUAAUGGUUGAAAGAGAAAAAACUGAGACUCAUGUCAUGGCCUAAUUAGGAAGAAGGUGAGAGAAGGAAAAGAGCAAGGCACAUGGGAACAAUUGGGGCCCAAAAUUAGCAUAUUUUGGCUGCAAGGUAGUUACAGCUGUUUUUGAAAAAGAAAUGGGCAUAAUUGGACAAAGACAGAUUGGAUAACAUAACAUGCUCAAUUAUUUUCCCAAUCUAGAGGCAUCUCCAUGUUUGUUUUCCCCCACAGUUUUCUUCUCUUUCUCAACUCUGGUUUUUGAUAAGGAUGUGGGCAGAGGUGGAGUACAAAAUGAGGAACCUCUGAAGAUAAGACAAAACAAAUGAUAAAGUAUGGGAGAUUCAAUACACUGGAGUUCUACCAGAAAUUUUUUGGCUCAGGCCAAUAAAACAAGUGAAAAGAUGUGCUGGAGACUUUAAAUCAUAGCUUUUCUACAGUCUGGCCAUAGUCCUACUUAAGGGAGAUCAGUAGCUAAAAUGGUCUCAUAUCCUAUCAGUACAACUUAUAAGCACAUGGAUAAGUCUCCAUACCAAUGCAUCGGAAAUAACUUCUUUUAUUUUGUGGGAGCAAUAAUGUGUUAACUUAUUGGGUAUUGUUGAUUAAUAUUGGAACAUGAUGAGAAGCUUAUGGACCAAGGCUAGAAGAUGAUGAUCUUUGUGCAUGACAAUUAAUUCAACUAAAAUUAACUUGAAGUGCAUAGAUGGAUAAAUGAAGUUAAGUACCUGUUUUUGGUGACACUCUAUUUAUCUUCCCAUUCUUCACAUCUUUAGAUUUCUUAUCUGAACUUGGUGUAUUUUCUUGAGGGAUGGAAUUCCUCUCCAAGACUUGAUGUGCUCUAUAUUUAUGGCUACCUGCAAUCAUCAAUGGUAAUCCAAUUGCAGGGUAUGCAACACAAGAGUGAGUGUUAGAAAAAAUCGUGUCUAGUGAAAAUAAAGCUAAAAUGUUCAUCAGUAUUUUGAUUCCAAGCAGGUAAAAGAAUCACCAAGAUUUGUCAGUGAACUUACUCUCAAUGGGUGAAUUUCCAUAAUUCUGCCUCAUAACUUCGACAAAACUAUCAUCCUUUGGAUCUUGCAUCACUACAAGGAAAAUCAUAAACUUCUAUUGCAAAAAAUGUUGUGAAUAUGUGAUGAUAAUACUACAGUAGCUGCUACGAAAAAACUUACAUUGGUCAAAAAAAGCAUUUCUGUAAUUAGGGGUGGAGCCAACUGAAAGCAGCUGAACUGCUUCUACAUCUCUUGUCAUCGACACCUUAGAAGAUGCACUCAAAUUUUGUGUGUCUAAAAGUAUGCCUGCGAGCUGAGAAGUAGAGUGUCAGAGAUCAAAAAGGCCUUCUCAUCUGCUUAUAUUGUUAAUUUGAUGAAUGGAUCUUAUUUAGUACCAGAAGCUUUUUCAAGAUAGGCGUCUGAAGUAGUUCAUAAGCCUCCUCACAGUAAUUGUCCGUAAGAACAGUACACCCUGAUACUGCCUACAUGUAUGACAA